CUGCAGUCGAAGCACAAAGCCUGAGAGAGCUUAGUGACUUUCUAGCAGCAACCGUCAGACAGACCCUCCCCCUUCAGAAUCUUUGCUUCGUUCCCAGACAGAACCCUCCCCCACAACAGCAAAAAGGAACAUCAAAACCAUUAUAUUGUGUUGAGAAAUUCAACAAAGAAACUCGGAAUUCGCCACAAAAUGGCAAAACCAAGCAACAAGGACAAAAAGUUGGAAGAAAAGACCUACGACCGGUAAAAGGCAGCAAACUUCCACUCACCAACGCUUCUAACCAAAACGUCACUGACAACCUGAAGAAUUCACGACGACCAAGUAAUAAUAAUGAUAACGGUAAUGUUAUCAUGAGAAAUCUAGAUGGCAUGCUCCAACAACUGGCCGAACAAAUGAGGACACAACUAACGAAACUAGACUUACCUGGCUGA